AUGUAUAUCAAAUACCCCUUGUUAAAGCAGAGUUUUGGCUUUCAGCUUAUUGAGUUGGACUUUCAAUACAGCCAUCCUAAAAGGGACAUCUCACUGUUUGUGAAGUUUCCAGAGUUUUUAGAAAAAGCUAAUGCUGCUUUUAUUGGCGUGAAAGUAUUUCAAGAUUUGAAGAUCCUCUUCAACAACACAACAAAAGAAGACACGAAAACAUUUAUUGCUUUGUCCCUACUUUGUGGGAAACUUGUCCCGACUGUCGGCAGAUCUGAUAAUAGAAGGAAACAUAAAGACGAAAAGCGAUCGUCAAAGGAUUCAGCUGAACAAAAAAGAUAUAACAAACCGACCAUAUUAGAAGCACAUAACAGGUUGAUAUUGCAUGUGAAGACUCAGAGUGACAUUCAGAAUUGCCUUGCAACACGUCGGGAUAUCCACCUUAAGAAAGGACUCACAUGCCAACCAGUGGUAAUUUGCAUCGAGCCAGACGUCGAAAAUAUUACAGAGUUCUAA